AUGCCCGAGUACGGAGCAGCACACGAAUUGGUCCCAGUGCAAGAACCCGUGCCUCCGCCGCUUCGGAAUCCGCUACACGAACCGGCUCCAGUACACGUUCCUGUCCCCGAUCCUGAACCCUGUCCAGUACAUGAUCCAGCUCCGGUGCACGAACCUGGACCUGCACCGGAUACUAGUGUUCCGAAGCACACACAACCUAACAGCACGAGAGUCAACAUUGUUUUGCCA